GUUGAGAAACCCAACUAAUGGUGUACAGUGUAAAGGUUUGGAAUUGUGAUAAUGCACAAUUGAGAGGACUCACAGGAAAAAAACAACCACAACUGGACUGUUUAUCACAUCCAGAAUUAUAUGUGAGUCUAGUAAAACUACUCACCAACAAAAUUGUAAGUGUUUUAACUGUUUGGAAUGAAUGUAUAUUUACUUACUACCAAGGACAUGUUUUCAAAAAUCACAGUGCAAUAUUUAUUUGGAAUUAUUUAUUUGGAACAUGGGAAGUACAGCUGUCAAAUAAGCUAAUGGUAGAUUUCAUAAAAAUGUAAUUUUGCACAUUUUUUUAUUUGUCCGUCCUUUAUAGAAAUAUUGAGGUUAUGAAAAUCAUUAGACCACAUAGAUUAUCCCCUAUAUUGCAAUAUACAAUACAAUGAUCAUAUUGCUUCUAAAUUUACUCAAACGUCUUUGUUGUCUACAUUUAUAGGUCCUUGUCUCAUUGUUCAAAAAGGUUUUCAUGAUGCUUCAAAACAGGUACAGUAGAUCUCAUGAUACAUAGAUAAUUUAGCACUCCUGGGAACUGGAGGGGUGGCACCGGCGUUCACCGGUGUAGGGGGUGGGGAGCUCAUGCGGGUGGAGCUUCAGGGAUGCGGGAGCCGGGAGUUUUUUCUUUGCCUCCUAACCCGGUAAACAGAAUCCCGAACCCUGCCCCCGGUAUGACACUCUUUAGAGUGGUCUCCCCGACUGGAAAAGGUGCAUUAGGACCCCAUGCGGGAUGUUUCCGCACGUUCCUGCUUGAUUCCGCUUGACGGCAUUCCAACCCUCCCCUCCCCCUGGAUUGUGAUCUUUGUCUAAUGACAUGCAAAAAUAAAUAAUAAUAAAAUAAAAAAAACAGGUACAGUAGUAGGCUUUAAUAUAAAAUAUAACAAGAUAAACUGAUCUAGAAUACUUAAAGGAACACUCCAAGCACUGUAGCCACUAUAGAGUUCUGUAGUGGUUAUGCUGCCAGUAGUGUUCUGGUGCCUCCAUUAUUGUGUGUAUUCAAACUAUUUUAGAAAGGUUUAAAUUUGUACCUGCAAUUUACAGGGUGCUGCUCAUUGGUUCUUUUUUUUAAAUUUUACAAAAAGUGCAGAUUUCAAUAGAAAUUGUCACCUUUAUAAAUUAACCUUGUUACACGCCCCUGAUUGUCAAUCAGAUCACCGGUUCUCUUAGUUGCUGGUUGUUUAGCUCAGUGGACAAUCAAUUGCCCAAAGAACCUGCAUUCCAAAUGUAUCAUUUAGCUGCAUUGAAAAGGCUGUGAUUGGACAGCCACAGAAAGUCUAGACUGGAUUAGAAGGGGAGGGCUUGCAAAGGCUUCAGACUAGAGAUAUUCACUUUUUGUAAGACUGUUUUUGGAUAUACCUCCAAUGGAAAAUGUAUAAUUAAAUGCAUGCAUGCUUUUAGUGGGUUAUUUGUGAUUUGUUUAUUUUGGAUUUUUUGUUUUUGUUUGGGGAGGGGCUUUGAUGGUGUUAAAUACGCUGCUGGCACUUCUAGCCCAGUGCAGGGGUGCUUCCCCCACAACAGUCUGUGUAAAGUUUUGAGUAGGCAUAGGGUUGAUUCAAGAAUAAUAAUAAAAUACAAAUUGUACAUUACUUUACAUCAUUUGAAAAAUAAUAUUUUGAGCAAUUCUUUUUUAUGCUAGUUUUCUUAGAAUAUUUUUUCUUUUUCAAAUGUAAACGGUUUAUCAUUUGCUAUUUGUAUUGCAAUUCAAUGUGUUUGUUCUCUGUAGGUUAACAAAUCACUCUUCUUAUUUGCUGAUUCUACUGCUAUUCUUGUCUCAAAUCCAGCGUUCUCUAUCAGGUAUGUGAGUUACAGCAAUUACUUUAUCAGCAGCAGCUUGCCAACAAUUAAGCCAAUAAAACUAAAACCAUUUCUGUAUAACGCAGGCUAUUAUCCCUAAUUCUGUUUACUGUUCCCUUCUUUUAACAAAUUUGAGUUUGUACAUUAAGUCAUCCGACUAGUUACCUCUAUUCAAAACCAGAGUGCCUCCUUUUUGACUCCAUGUUAAUCACUGUUAUGAGCUCUGCUCUUUGCACCUUUUGGUGAGCCUGGGAAGUGAAGAAAACUAAAACAAUAAGUUCUGUUUCUCCUUCUUUAAAGCAACGAUUGCCCUGGCUAUGCCAGGAUUGAUGUGGUUUGUGAUGGCAAUUGCUAACUCUAAAGUUAACAUUUUAAAAGAAAACUAAGUAUCAUGAGAGAUAAGAAAAGAAAACCUAUAUUUUUUUAUUUAAACAAUAUAUAUAUAUUCUCCUUUUUAAAAUGACUGAAAAACAUCAGAUUUAAAAAAAAUGAACUAUGACAUAUAGUAGAUGUAAUUCCAUAUCCCAUUUAUCCUGGCUACAGGCAAUGGACAUACAGGUUUUAUAGUUAGAUUCCAAACUCUACUCAGAUGAGCAACUGACCAGAUGAUAUUAUUGAUUGAUAGUAUCCAAUGAUCAGAUCAUUGUAACAAUAUAUGGCACAAGGAAUCUGAAAUGAGAGUCUAGCAAAGAUACAUAUGACAUAUUCAGAAAGUCAAAGGUUGUUCACUGAAAAAGUGAAUUGAAAAUUUCAAGGUGAAGAUUCAGAUCAACUAAUUUUACCUAAUAUGUUGAAAUUCACUUUGUUCGCAAAUCACGCUUUAGUAAAUAACUGAUCAGUGAAGAUGUAUACACUGCAAACUUGCAUAUUAGAGAUGUUUAUUUGAAUUCAUAUUUAAACUACUGUGAUAUCUAAAAUAAGAGAAAUACAAAUAAAUACUCACAGAAUUUAAAAUGGAGAAAGUCCUAAAAUGUCUAUCAUUCAAUCAGUAGUGAUUUUUGGUUUCUUUGUUAAUGUAUGUGGAUCCAAAAUCUAGGUUUUAAAAGUUAGAGUUGCAGUCCUCAAUGCAUUGAAGGCAUGUACCUCUCUAACCUCAGACUACCCCUACCCCACUCAAACAUGUAUACAGCUAACUCUAAAUACUCAGGGUUGUUCACGAACUUCACAUUUAAUGCCAAAGUAGCAUAUAGCCAUUUUUAGCUAUUAUUACUAUGAAUUUGAAUUCACUUAGAACAGUCAAUUAUAUUCACUAUCAUUCACAGAUCGAUUUACUGUAAUUGCUACUAAAACACCUAUCAGCGCUACAAUUGGUUCAGAUGUCACUUUAUCGUUUCAUCUCUCGCCUGAAAUCAAUGCUGAAAAUAUGGAGAUUGGAAUUUCUAGAUCUCCAUCUACAGAAUUUGCAUUUUUGUAUCGCCGUGGUCAAGAGGUGACUGGAAGUCAAAUAAAAGGAUACAAAGGAAGAACAAAGCUUGUAACAGAACAUUUAAAAAUGGGGGAAAUCUCCUUGCUAAUCCGUGAUGUUGGCCCAUUUGAUAACGGCAUAUACUAUUGUUUUGUUCAGUCUGAUAAUUACUAUAAUGAAAACAGCUUGGAGCUCAUAUUAACCAGUAAGGUUUUUUUUUUUUUGUUCUUGUGCUCUUUUAUAUGAUAAAGCAAACUCGUUGAUUAUGAACACAUAUACAUAUUCUAAUUAAUUCAUGAAAUAUUUUGAAAAUCCAAGCUUUCUCCUACAACAGUAGACAUCACAAAAUAACUUCAGUAGACACACCAAUGCAUUCUACUGCAAGAAAACCAACUUUAAAAGUAGGACGUUGAAAUGUGUUCACCCUCACAAAUAUUUCUAGAUCACAAAUCCUAUCAUUCGGUAAUUCUGCCAGAGAAACCAUGUAGAGUACGUAUUUGACAUCACUGAUGCAAAUGUUUUCUUGAGGUUGAGUGGAUUAGUUCAUGGGAAUUUUCAACCCUUUCUUGUCUUGCUAAUCACAUAUCUGCUUGUGUUGUGUUUGAUUUUUUUGGAGAUAAUGUUCGUUUUGUUUUUGCCCAAACAUGCAUUGGUUAACAUCUACAAAGAUAGUAAUCUAAAUCAGGGAUUCACAACAGUGUUCAUGUAGCUAUACAGUGGUGCUUGGAUUUACCAGGUAUGUUCCAGUCAGGAUAUAUGUAAAACUGGGUUGGAUUCAACAAGCACAGAUAAAUAAAGGUCUCUGUUGGUACUGAUCAGUAGUUUUUUUCAUAUUGACAGUGGUAAAAAUCCCAUCCCAUAGCUUGAGUUAAAGAGAACUCUUGUCAUAGAGUCCAGCUCUGCAACAGUUGUGUGCGUGAUUAUAGACCUGCGGUGUAAUGCUCUAAAUCAGGGGUGGCUUAUAGAUCCAUAAAUAUUAAAAAACUAUACCUCCCAUGUGGCUUAACCAACAUUAAAAGAACAUCCAGAGUACCAUAACUACUAUAGAGCACUGUAUUGGUGCCAGGAGUGCUAUGGAGCUCCCCCUUUAGUGUGGGGAGCUGGAUGCUCCUGCUGUGCGCAUUGGCUGAAAGUGUCAGAUGAUAACUCUCAGCCAGUGACCUAAGCCCGUAUUGUCAGACUUAAGUCAAUGCGAAGAGCUUCUGGCUUUCACAGAGGCAUGCACUAUAACCACUUCAGAACACUGUAGUGGUUAUGUUGCUUGGAUUGUGCCUUUAAGGCCAACAAAGCAUCAUGGGAUCUGCCUUUGACCACCACAAGUUUAAACAGGCAAAAUCAAAGAAAUCUUGGCACAAUUUUGAAAAAAAAAAAGCUUCAACAAGCCACAUUAUUAAUUAUACUCUAACUAUAUAUUAUACUUUACCUGGGCUUGAUAACAAGAGAACCCAACGUCAUGUUGUUUUUGUUCUGAUUUACAGUGUUGGGCACUGGCCCUGUGAUUCGAAUAACUGAUAAGGAUAAAGGCAUUACAGCUGUGUGUGAAUCUAACGGUUGGUAUCCUAAGCCUACAGUUCUGUGGAAGGACAGUCUAGGAAAACCAUUGGACAAUUCAAAUGAAUCGAGCACGGAAGACGAAUCAAGAUUGUUAUCAGUCUAUUCUUUAAUAAACGUCAACCCCAACAACCCAACAUUUUGCAACUUCAGAUCUGUGUUGUUAAAUAUACAAAAUCAACCAGGAAUAAGGAUUUCAGGUCAGUGAAUUAUAUUUAAAAAGAAAAAAAAUCUGUGUAAAUAUAAGUUUUAUGUUAGGAACUUCAUAUCCUCUUGUUUCCUCUCCACCUAAAUUAGUCAUCAUUUAUGUUUAAUCUCAUCAUUACGGUGUAGCAAAAAACUUUGCCAUCUUAAAAUAGUAAUAAAAAAAACCAUUUCAUUGCCACAUGCAUAGCCUAAAUUAAUCAUAAAGAUAUGGGUUACAACAAUGGCUUGUUUAUAUUUUUCUUGCGUUUGAAUGUUUUUUAUAUCAUAUUAUCUGUUAAAAAAAAAGCCAUUCAAAUAUUUCUGGCUACUUCAAAUAAACAUUGAGGCUAGGGCCUAAUAAUAUAUAUAUUUUUUUAGGAGGAUCAAUUUUGUAUACACGUAGCACUUGACUUCUUUGACAUCUGUUAAAUCACCAACACCAUCAAAUGUCCCAUACACAAUACAGCAGAGAUGUUGUUCAAAAUGUCUACAAUUAAGAGAGUGGAUUUCUGCUCUCAGUUGCACACAUACAGAAAACGGUUUUCUGCGAAGCCACACUUAACAAAUGUGAAGCCUUGGGCAAGAAUAAAUUACAAGGCCCAACCCCAUCACCAACAUUGUGCACAUAAAGACAAACUUAGCCACAAGCACAUCUACAAACAUCAUUUGCCACAACCUUAACCUUAUUAAGGAGGCCCACUAUGCAACAAAACUUUAGCUUAAUGAAGUGGUUUUGGUAUAUAGAUCGUGCAUUUUUACUACUCAAUUUUCUACAAUCUGGACAUUUAAUCCCUUUGUUCAUGCAGCCCUAGCUGUGACGUACACAGCCUCCAUACACACUUACUGAAAAACAAAAAGGCCUUAAAGUACUAGUGACGGGCAGCUAUAGUUGCUAGUCUUUUUUAUUACAGCACUGGCUGCUUGCUAUUUAGCAGACAUGCCCCCACUCCCAACAUGGCAAGUGAGGGCAUGGGGGAGAUUUUAGACCAUCGUACUGGCCACCAUAGGCUUUUUAUUUUUUUUUUUAACCAUUUGCCGCCAGCUGCUAGUGCUGCCAGCAGGGAUAUGGUCAAUAAAAGCAUAUUUCAACCACUUUUUGCUGUUAUUUUCACGGCCAUUUUACUGAGAGAUCAUUAAGGGCUGUAUUUUUGACAUACCUGAGCAGUGGCAGUGCCUAUGUGGUUUCAUUGUGUGUAGGUCACUACUUAUCUUUAUAGGAGUACCUUGUCUGCUAACUAAAAGUUUGGGAGGUUAGAAUGGAAGACCGCAUUUGUGUCAACGUUUGUUAUAUAGUUAUACUUAGUUAUAUAGUUAUAUAGUUGAAAAGAGACUUGCGUCCAUCAAGUUCAGCCUUCCUCACAUAUGUUUUUGCUGUUGAUCCAAAAGAAAGCAAAAAACAGAGUCUAAGGCGCUUCCAAUUUUGCAACAAACUAGGAAAAAAUUCCUUCAAAAUAACCCCAAAACAGCAGUCAGAUGUCUCCUUGGAUCAAGCAGCUAUUAAACCACUAAUUAAAAAUUAUAUCCCUGUACGUUAUGUUUUUGCAAGUAUUUAUCCAAUUGCAGUUUAAACAUCUGUAUAGACUGACAAAACCACCUCUUCAAGCAAAGAAUUCCAUAUCGUUAUUGCUCUUACUGUAAAAAAACCUUUUCUUUGCCUUAGAUGAAAUCUCCUUUCUUCAAGCCUAAAUGUGUGACCUCGUGUCCUACGUAUAGCCCUGUUUAUGAAUAGAUUUCCAGAUUAUGGUUUGUACUGGCCCCGAAUAUAUUUGUAUAAUGUUAUAUCCCCUCUCAGGCGCCGUUUUUCCAAACUAAAGAGAUUUAAAUUUUUUAACCUUUCUUCAUAACUAAAAUGCUCUAUUCCUUUUAUUAAUUUUGUAGCUCAUCUCUGCACUUUUUCUAGUGCCAUGAUAUCUUUCUUUAGAACAGGUGCCCAAAAUUGCACAGCAUAUUCAAGGUGUGGUCUUACCAGCGAUUUAUAAAGAAGCAAAAUUAUAUUUUUAUCUCGAGAAUUUAUGCCCCUAUUUAUACAUGACAAAACCUUACUGGCCUUAGCAAUGGCAGAUUGACAUUGCAUAUUGCUGACUAAUUUGUUGUCUAUAACAAUUCCCAAAUCUUUCUCGUGUGUGGUUAUCCCUAGUUCACUACCAUUUAGGGUGUAAAUUGCUUGUGCAUUCUUAAUCCCGAAGUGCAUAACUUUGCAUUUCUCUAAGUUAAAUUUCAUCUGCCAUUUUAGUGCCCAAUCCCCCAAUCUAUCCAAAUCCCUCUGCAGCAAGGCAAUAUCCUGCUCACAUUUUAUUACUUUACAAAGUCUUGUGUCAUCUGCAAACACUGAUACAUGGCUUUUAAUGCCCAUUUCAAGAUCAUUUAUAAAUAUGUUAAAUAGAAGCGGUCCCAAAACAAAAUCCUGAGGGACACCACUUACCACUUUUGUCCAGCUUGAAAAUUUACCAUUAAUGACAAAUCGUUGUACUCUAUCCUUAAGCCAAUGUUCUACCCAAGAACAAGAAUAUUCAUCUAGACCAAUUUCUUUUAGUUUGGAGACUAACCUAUUGGGAGGAACCGUAUCAAAUGCCUUGGCAAAAUCCAAGUAGAUCACAUCCACUGCAACUCCUUGACCUAUACUUCUACUUACCGCUUCAUAGAAAGCAAUUAGGUUAGUUUGACAUGACCUAUGUUUCAAAAAAACAUGCUGAUUAUUGCUAAUAACACAGUUCUUCCCAAUGAAUUCCUGAAUAUUAUCCCUUAAUAGCCCUUCAAAUAAUUUCCCAGUCACAGAAGUUAAGCUCACAGAUCUAUAAUUUCCAGGCAAGGAUUUUGAACCCUUUUUAAAUAUAGGAACAACAUCUGCCUUCUUCCAAUCCUCCGGUACAACACCCGAAACAAAAGAAUCUUGAAAAAUUAAAUACAGAGGUUCACUUAUUUCCCCACUUAGCUCCUUAAGUACUUGUUAAAGAUCUAAUGAUGUCAUGAUCAGGUUGUUCGUGAUGCAGGUCAUUAGUUGUCGGAUAUCACUGAAGGCAUUAGAAAAUUUUGUUUGGUUACUCUGUCACUGGGCAGAUCUUGACAUUUGGAAGAAAAUAAAAUGAGUGCAAAUUUCUAUUUUAACAAUUUAACUAUUCAGUGUUUGACCAGCAGAUGGCACCACAAACGUAUAAUUAAAAAUAUAUAUCUUCGCUUAUAUUUGGAAGACAGAUGAAAUAUGUACAUUUCUCAAAAAUUGACCCACGUCUUGCCAAUUGCAUGCACGUCUCGAAGAUCAUACAAAAAUCUCAGACAGACAACAUACAUCUCUCAUUGAAACCACACUGAGACAAGAUAUGGACUUUUGGUCCAGUUACUAUAAGACUAGUAUAUAUAUAAAAAAAAGCAUAAUUGAGUACUUUUGUCAGACGUGGAAAUAUUUGAACAAUAGACCAGAUUCCCAUAGCUUCACUCAGAAAGACGACUGUAGUGAUUUUUAUGAUAAGCAUCUAAUACUAUUUAUUAAAAAAUAAUGGUGCUGUAUUUAAAAAAAAUUUAUAUUGUAUUUUAUUUCCUUUUCCGACAGAUACUUUGUACAACAGAGUGGACCGUUGUUUUACUUCUUUGAUUUUUAUAUCUGCCGUAUUGCUUUCAUUCACUUUACCCAUCAUGUAUGGUUUGUAUAAAGUUAGAACACUGAAAGCCAAACUGAAAGGUAAUUAAAAUAAGUAAAGUACAUAACAAUGUAUAAGAUAAUGCAGAACACAAGAAAGGGCUAUUUUGCAUUGAAAGUUCUGUGUCAUGGGAAAAAAAUGAUUACUGAACAUGUUGUUAUAAUGUUGGAACUCCAAUAACAUAAAACACAAUGAUCAAGGAGCUACAAGAGGAAUAUUUUAAGGUGUUAGUGUAAUUUUUUAAGGGUUAGUAACUGUACUGCUAAGAGGAGGGGGUGCCCCUGAAUAACAAACUCAAAUAAUAGAGAUAUAGUGUUUACAAACUGUUGAAAGAAAUCGAGCAUCAAGAGAAAAUGAAUCCCAAAAGUUUGAGGACUAUGAGGCAAUAAAAGAACAUGGAAAUGAGUAAGAGCUCGGUAUUUGUCUGCUGAUAAUGAACAGAUAAUUAUGGGAUGGAUGUGUUAAAGAUCCAAACUUUAGAGAAAUAAGUCCAUUAAUGUUAAAGUGGUUGUUGUUUCCCAAAUUCAUGUAGCUAUAUGUUUAAAUAGAGAAUUAUGUCUAAACAUGUAAUGGGUUAAAUGGGUUGAGCUCAACAAGUCAGGGAACAGGGUCAAAUACCACCCUAACACCCUAACUGUUCCAUUAUCUUUAAAGUGACACUGUAGGCACCCAGAGCACUUCAGCUCAUUGUGGUAAUUAAGUGCAGUUUCUGAGAAUUACCUGCUAGGUUUAACUCCUCCUUUAGUGCUACCAGACAGCCACUAAAGGGACUUCUGGGUGCUUAGACGACAUUAGGUUGCCUAAAUGACAUUGGACAUCCUCCCACUGUGCAUGAGGACUUCCAGCGACCCUUCAGCUUGGAGAUUUUAGAAUUUUGACUUUCCUUUCUUUUAUGAAAUAUUGAUUGUUAAUACAAAUGUUUUGUUUUUCACCAAACUUUCAACUUUGGUCAACUUGGUCAACUUUGGAAGGGUUAAUAAAUAUCAGCUGUACUCAGCAGCAUACAUAGGUGGGACGGGUCCCUGUCCUAUCAGGUUAUAUAGCAUUAUUCCCUGCAGGCACAAAGCAGACAUUAAUUGUGAACUCCCUUACAAUCUAAUGUAAUUUUCUUCAACACCCUCUUAAGGAAACACAAACUGCCUGGGAUAUAAACAAAAAUAGAAGUCCAAAGGUGUCCCAAUGUAGGGUGAAGAAAAGUAAUAUUGUAGUUCACGGAUGACAAAAAAAAGAUACCUUUUGCCCUAAAGGCUUUAUUCAUUCAGCCUGAAGGCUUUAGUCAUUCGGCCAAAAGGCCGAAACAUUGUAUCCUUUUUGUCCUCAUUGAACUACAAUAAAUACAAUUUUUCUUCAUCCUACGUUGUGACACCUGUGGACUUCUAUAUUUGAUUGUUCCUGGUGGGCGGCGGACCCCCCCUCCACAAUGCUCCCUCGUACAUUUACACGUGUGCAGCACUCCCUGGACUUUGUGCCUGGGAUAUAAAGAUAUAGGUGACAAGUACAUAAUAGGUGUUAAUAAUUCACAUGCAUCACCUUAAUCACUAUAGGAUGUUAUAAUGAUGAAUGCAGUUAUAAACAUUUUUAUAAAGAUUUAAUAUUCUGUACUUGGAAAUAGUAGGCCUAGCAGUAAACUGGAUACGAUAAAGGGUAAGGUUGACAGUAAGGCAUAUUACUAAUUGUUCGGUUGGAUUGGUUUAAAAGAACACACCAAGCACCAUAACAACUACAAUGUGUUGUAUUGGUUAUGGUAACAUGAGUGCUCAGUAGCCCCCUCAAUGUAGGUAGUCAAAUCAUUUGCUAAACCUUUAAAAAUGUGAUACUUAGAUUACUCUAUACAGAAUUAGUUAAUGCUAAAGAUUAUGUCUAUUUCAAGAUACACAGUAUUUUGAAGAUGAUGAUCGGUUUUUAAGUAUUCUCUCUACUUAUAGGGCUUUUUUUUUACCCACAUAUAUUUCUAUUAUAUUUAGCUAUUUAGUAUUUGACCUUAUGAGUUUAGAAUAAAGGUUACGUUUAAGAUUAUGCACAGAUAUUUUAUGUGUUCUGUAUACUUCACCUUUGGGGUUACCUCCCCUUUUUUUAUUGGUGAUGGGGUUAUUAUUCUGUAUAGGUGGCUCUUCACUUUAUUUCUGUUAAGUAUUACUACUAUACUAUUAUUAUACUAUUAUCUUAAAGGCAUAGUCUCUUCUGUGAAAAACGUAUGUGUAUGUAUAAAUAUGUAUAAUAGUAUAGUAACAUAUUUUUCUGUUUUGUAUUUGACUUUUCUUGUUUUUCUCAACAGAAACGGACAAUAGAUUACGCAAGUUACUCAGAAUUGUAACAAUUCUGUUUUUGUUUUGUUUUUGCAAUCUUUAUGAAAGUAAAUAAAGACAAUACACAUUCAAGAAAAAUGCAAUGAUCCAUUGUUUUUUUUUUUUUUAAUUCUUUAUUUAUGGUACAUUUUAUGUAGGUUGGUGGGUAGGGUAUGGGGUACAGAAGAGAAGUUGGGGGAGUGGGAGGGGGAAAAUGCACAGUUGUACAGCAUCUUCUCUGUUAGCAAUCGCACAAUCCUCUGUAUAUACAGAUAUAGGCAUAGUAAGAACUUGUACCGUAUGUAUCAUGAGAUUAGGCAUUAAGCCGGCUGUAACAUGGACCAAUAGGGUCUAUAUGCUGCCGUAUUGUGGGUCCUAUUUGGUUGUUCGUUGUUACCUAAGGAUGAUGGCGUUAUGGCCACCCAUAUCCCCGUUUUCAGUCCAACUGUGUAGUGGUGUUGUCCCAUGGGUCGCGUAGUCUUCAGUUGAAGUGUAACUUGGAGCCAGGUGGUUCGGUAGUUCUCUGUUUUUGGUGUAAUCGGGUUUUGUGGGCCUCGAGUUGUGGGUGCGUCAUGUGGGCAAGUUCCAUUGCCUGGUAUUCCUGUGCAGGGGUGGUGAGGUGGAGUGAUGGUGUAGAAUGGGUCAUGGGGGAAGGAUUCCAGGGGUGGAGGGGGUCCGGGGAUGGAUAAUUAGGGUGAUCUGCCACACGCGCGGAGCCCCAGCCCAGUGGGUAUGGCGGGGCGAGCUGAAGUUUGGGCUUGGCAGGAGUUUUGAGGGGAGUCCUGAGAUCUCGGUGAUAGUGUGUUUAUAGUAUGUACGCUUGUGCAAGCUGAGAUUGUGUUCACCAGGGCAGGGAGGUAUCUCCCUCUAGCCAUGGGUCCCAAACCUUAUGGAAUUGUUUGGGAGUGUCGUGGAACUGGGAUGUGAGCUUAUCCAUUUGUAUGUUAUCCUGUAUUUUUUUAGUGAUGCUCUCUUGUGAUGGGAUGCGGGUGGUGGACCACAGCUCUGCUAUUGCCCUUCGUGUGGAGAGGGCGAUGCGUGUUUGUUUUCUGCUCUGGUUAAAUUUUCCAGAGGCUUUGAGAGUAGAAGGGCCCAUGGGUCUAAUGGGUAUGGCUUGUGUAGAAUUUUGGUCAGUAGGGCUAUAACACUGAUCCAUAGGGGUUUUAUUUUGGGACAUGUCCACAAACAGUGGAGAAAUGUCCCUUGUUCUCCACAAAGUUUCCAGCACGCGCUGGGUGUUUUGUUGAUGCAAUGAUCCAUUUUUAGAGACCAUGUUAGAGAAAUAAACAGCCAGUGGACACCUGUACUAAUAUGUAAAUAACAGAAAUGUAAAAAAUACAGUAUAUAUAUAUAUAUAAUGGAAAAUGUAUUCAUACUUACCGUAAUUUUCUUUUCCUGGUCAUAGGCCAUGGCAGCACAACAUUGGGUAGCUCCUCCCUAUCCGCAUUGGACAGGAAAAAUAAUUAACCCGUAUAAGUACCACCUCCUACCCCUCCUUCCCCAGUCAUAUUUCACAGCAAUAGCCCUGGGUGGGACCCUUGUGCUGCCAUGGCCUAUGACCAGGAAAAGAAAAUUACAGUAAGUAUGAAUACAUUUUCCAUUUUCCUGGCCAUAUCCAUUGCAGCACAACAUUGGGUAAUACCGAAGCAAUAAACCAGGGAGGGAAGAAGACACAGACCUGAAAAUUUGAAUGCAAAGUGUAUUUAACACCAUUAACAAGUGAUAAACAAAGAAAUCUUUAUCGGAUACAGACAGAACUGAUUUAGCAAAUUGAUCUGAUAGACCUGCUCUGACAUCAAUUUGAUAACUUCUAAUGAAGGUAUUGGUAGAAGACCAUGUGGCCGCCUUACAAAUGAGUUCAGGAGAGACAUUAGCCGCGGCUGCCCAGGAAGAUGAAAGGGCCCUAGUGGAAUGGGCUUUUAGACCCACAGGGACCGGAUAUCCAGAAGAUUGAUAAGCCAGUAUAAUGGCUGCCACUAUCCACCUGCUAAUGGUAGAUUUAGGGGCUUGUAAGCCUUUUUUACUACCACUAUGAAGGACCAAGAUACUUUGAGAAGUGCGCCAAGCAGCAGUCCUUUCAAUAUAUAUAUGAAGGCAUCUCGCUAGGUCCAGAGAUGUCAGGUCAGUUGAAUUCUCGCUUUCUUGGCAUUCAGACCUCAGAGAUGGAAGAACAAUAUCUUCGUUGAAAAGCAGAGGUGACUUUAGGUCUAAAUUCAGGAACAGUACGGAGGAUAACUCUGUCCUUGUGAAAGACCGUAAAGGGUUCCUUAAUGGAUAGGUCGUGGAGCUCCGAAACUCUAGGGCGAUCAGCAAAGCUGUCUUGAUAGAGAGAACAUGUAGAGGAAUUGAUCCAACGGGUUCAAAGGGCUCCAAUUUUAAGGCGUUCAGAACCAAAGGGAGAUUCCAGGAGGAAACAAAUGGCUUAAUUGGAGGUUUAAUUUUAAGGACUCCUUUAAUGAAUCUGAUAACAUCCGAGUCCAAUGCCCAUCUAUGAUUGGUUAAGGAGGACAAAGCUGAGACGUGUACUUUUAGAGUAUUAUAACUCAGACCUUUAGCAAGUCCAGACUGCAGGAACUCCAAAACAUCCGUGGAACAGGGAUUCUGCAGAUCAAUGUUUUUAGGAAGAGCCCAGACGGAAAAAAACUUCCCACACCCUAUAAUAGAUGGCUGAAGUGGAAUGCUUACGUGCCUUCAGCAUAGUUUCUAUUACGGCCUGGGAGAAUCCUUUGUUCAUAAGCCUGUUCCUUUCAGUCUCCAUGCCAUGAGAUUGAGUGAGACCGGGUUUGGAUGCAACACUGGACCCUGGAACAGUAGAUCAGGAGUUCUGGGGAGUGGGAGAGGAGGUUCCACUGAAAGACUUUGAAGCAGGGGAAACCAAGGCCUUCAAGGCCAAUAGGACGCUAUCAGGAUGAGAGAUACCUGCUCUGUUCUCAUCCUCCUCAGGAUUGGGAAGAUCAGUGGAAAUGGAGGGAACGCAUACCCUAUUUUGAAUCUCCAGGGACUGGAUAAUGCGUCUCUUCCCACUGCCAGAUGGUGGUCUUCUUUCGUGAAGAAGUCUUUCACUUUCCUGUUGACCCAAGUAGCUAGUAGGUCCACUUGUGGGAGACCCCAUUUGUCUACAAUUGUAUGGAAUACUCUGUCCGAUAGGCACCAUUCCCCUGGGUCUAUCCUGGAUCUGCUGAGGAAAUCUGUCAAUUGAUUCUGUUUCCCUGGUAGAUGGAUGGCUGUAAGGCCUGCCAGGUUCCUCUGAACCCACCACAUCAGUCGUUUAAUAAUCACCAUCAUCUUGCCACUCCUGGUACCUCCUUGAUGAUUGACAUAGGAUACCACGGUGGUGUUGUCUGUUCUUAUCUUUACCCAUUGACCCUUGAGAUGUACCGAGAAGUGUUUCAAUGCUUUGAGGACUGCCAGAAGUUCUAGCAGAUUGGAAUGCACAUUAUUUGCCAUGAAACUCCAUUCUUCCUGUGCAAAGUCAUGGAGACAAUGGGCGCCCCAUCCCCAUUGGCUGGCAUCUGUUGUCACUGCUAUCCAUGUGAUGUUUCCUAGCGGAAAACCCCUAGAUAGGUGUUCUUUGUUCAGUCACCAGAUCAGAGAAUGGCGUACGGCCCGGGAUAACUUGAUGGGUUGAAGCAGAUUCUUGGAGGAAAAUUGCAUCAGGAAAUGGUCUCAUCCUCCAUUGUGCCCAUCUGGUCAGUCCUAUCGUGGAGGACAUAGAUCCGAGGAGGCUCAUUACCACCUUUGCAGGAGCAAUACUGGACUUUAACAUCUUUCUCAAUUGUAUCCUGAGUUUCAAUAUUCUUGCCAUUGAGAAUUGGACAGUACCCAUCAGAGUGUCGAAGUGAGCACCUAAAUAAAUCAUAGAUUGAGUUGGGCGGAGGUGGCUCUUCUUGGUGUUGAUCUUCCAGCCGUGGGCUUGCAGAAACUGAAUGCUGGUAAUAGCUUGGGAGGUCAAUGAAUCUUUGCUGUUUCCUAUGAUCAGGAUGUCCUCCAAAUAAUGGUAGAUAGCGAUAUUCUGUUUUCUUAGUUCUGCAAUCAGAACUGCCAACACUUUUGUGAACGUCCUUGGGGCUGUGCUUAGUCCAAACAGGAGGGCUCUGAACUGGAAAUGACCUUCUUCCACGGCAAACCUCAGCAACCUUUGAUGGGAUUGGGCAAUGGGUAUGUGAAAGUAGGCGUCUAACAGGUCUAUAGACAACAUCCAUUGGUUGGGUGACACUACUUUUAUUAUAGACUGCAGGGAUUCCAUCUUGAAUCUGCGGAUGUGUAGAUGCUUGUUUAAUCUGUGCAGAUCCAGAAUGGGUCUCCAUGCUCCUGAGGAUUUUUUCGUUAAGAAGAUUUGAGAGUAAAACCCCUGAGCUCUGUCGUCUGCUGGCACUGUUAUGACCUUCUCUGCUUGUAAGGAUAGAAUGAAGUUUUGUAGAGCCAUACGCUUCUCUUUGUCCCCUGGCAACUUUGUGAGAUGAAAGGACCUGUUGGGAGGAUGCUUGAAGAAUUCUAGAAGGUAUCCUCUCCAAAUAAUAUCCAGCACCCAACUGUUGCUUGUGGAUUCUUCUCAUAUGGGUAAAUAUUGAAGACAAGCCCCGACCCCUUUGGAUUUGGGAAUUAUAGUCAAAUUCCUAGGGUUCUUGGAGGAAGAAGCACUUCGUGACUUGCCUCCUCUUCCUCCAGAAUGGGCUCCUCUCCCCGGUUGAAAUCUGGAAUAUUCUCUACCAGGCUUGUAAGAUCUACUAUCUCGAAAGGAAUGAUACUCUUUUCGGGCACGAAAGGACCCUUUAUAUUUCCUCUCUUGAGGUAGAAAGGCCUUAUUACCUUCGGCCGCCCUCUUUAUACAUUCGUCUAAGUUCUUACCAAACAACAUAUUCCCGUGGAAUGGUAAGGAACAUAAACUAUUCUUAGAGGAAGCAUCGGCUGCCCAAGACCUGAGCCAAAGCGCAUGUCUGGAGGAAAUUGAAAAGGACAUAUUUCUAGCAAGAUUUCUUACUAGAUCCACUGCUGCUUCGGAUGAAAAAAUCAAUGGCUAAACGCAUAUCUCUUAGGCCAUCCACAAUGGAGGAACGGCUUCUGCCACUCCUGAUAUCCUCCUCCAUUUCUUGUAGCCAUACCUUCAUAGCUCUUGUAACUGAUGUGAGAGCAACGGCAGGGUGGAGACUCGUGCCUGAGGCUACAUAGGACUUGGAAAGGUAGUACUCCAUUUUACGAUCCAUCGGAUCCCUGAAGGAACCUGCAUCGUCCACAGGUAGGGUAGUGUGUUUGGCUAACCUGACAACUGCAGCAUCAACCUUGGGUGCAAAAUCCCAUGCCUCAGCAUCUUUGCGCUCGAAUAGGUAUAACCUGGAGAAUUUUCCCUUGGCAGAUGAUCUCCUAUCAGAUCUGGACCAUUCCUCCUUAAUAACAUCACUGAUUGUGUCAUGCACCGGGAAAGCCGCUCUUUUUCUCCUAAGAUCAGAGAAAUAGCGAUUAGAUGUAGAGGGUUCCUCCUCUGAGGGUUCCUUUAAAGUGAGGGUUUCUCUAACCCGGGCAAUUAAAUGAUCCACUUCCGCUGGUACCAGGAAGUCUGGAUCUGGCAUAGCAUCCUCCUCCGAGGAAAAAGCUAGAUCUCUCAGCGAAGCUGAAUCCAUAAACUCAUCUUCUGAGUUUCCUGGAGAAAAAUUUGAGGGCUCAGAAUAUCUAGGUUGCUUGUGGGUCUUUCCAACCUCUCUGAUGCCCUGGGCAACUGCAUGCUUUAUAAGUUGCAUAAUGUCCGGUGUUGGAUGAGAAGGUCCUGAAGCUGCUGAGAGACAAUCUGAACAGAGACGUUUCCCUUCUAUGGCUCUGUUGUCACAGACGAUCCUGAAAUCUUUGUACUUUUAGCACUACAAUACACAAAAAGUGCUUUUAAGUACAUUCCCACUCUUUUUUUUUUUUUAGGAAAAAGAUGGCUUCCCUAUAUUGCUUAGAUUGUGACCUAUUAUGAGAUGAAUCCGAUUCCCUGGAUCUUGAACAAGAAUCCAUCUGGAAAUAAUUGAUGGAACAGAUGAACUUAAACCAAGAAGAGUAAAGAUAAUAAAAAAGAAAUAAUGUGGAAAAAAAUUACUUUUGUCCCAGAAAGGAAGGGAACCUGGAAAAGGUGAAGAACCGACAGUUCCGUCAAAGCUCUAUGGUACAAGAAUACUUCUUCUGUAGGGAAUAAUCAGCCUUGUAAGAAAAAACUCACAAACUCCGCGCAGGUGCCCUGGAACUCACGAACGCCGCGCAGGCGCACUGGAACCCCAGAACGCAGUGCGGGUACCCUGAAGACUCUGCAGGCGGCCAGAAAGAUGGGAAAAGCAAACAACUUACCGGCUAAAUGCUCCUGGCGGUAAGUUUGAAUCCAUAUCAGCCUCAUACAUUAUUUCUGGUGGGAAGAUUCCAAACAUUUAACCAGUUCGAUUAAUAAUGUAAUUGGUCCUUUACUUGCUACCCCUGAGGUUAUUGCAAGAUAGUGGAAAGGAAAAAACCUGGUCACUAAAGGGGUUUUCUCCAGGGAAACACCUUUGCGCAGGGCCGUAUACUGGAGACUUCCCAGGGGAGAGAGGGUGAACUCCCCAGGGGCUGGAGGAACUAAUCCUCAGGUAAGCCAUAAAAGAAAAUGUUAUGGUUCUAAAGACCAACAUGUCCUAGGGAUAGGACAGAAAAAAAAAAGACUGGGGAAGGAGGGGUAGGAGGUGGUACUUAUACGGCUUAAUUAUUUUUCCUGUCUAAUGGGGAUAGGAAGGAGCUACCCAAUGUUGUGCUGCCAUGGAUAUGGCCAGGAAAUAUAUAUAUCCAAGGGGUACAGGAUAUGCCUCUUUUAUACUCGAGGUUCUACUAAGGAAUUUCUUAAUUUGCUUGAAAUUUCUCUCAUUGAUUCGUGUAACCCUCUCCUGAUUGGUCUCCCCAGAAACAUACUGCCUCUCUACAGUCAAUAAUGAAUGCUACUGCCAGGUUUAGUUUUCUCUCACCUUAUUUUCAGCACCACACGCAUCCGAUUCUGAUGGUGACAUCAGAAUUUACGAUUUUUUGCCAAUCCAAUGCUUUCCCAUAGGGUGGACCUUCCAAUACUGCUACUGUCCCACAUUGGUUCCUAUCCCCCAUGCUGCCCUUCAUAUUGUGAGUUUAUAACCCAUCUCCUCAGGAUUGGAGCCGGGUCCUCAUCAACCCAUCAUUCUUGUAAAGACUUGUAAUCAUUCUUCUCAUUUAUUGUUAUAUUUCCGCUUUAUAUGAUUGUAAAGAGCUGCAGAAGAAGUUGGUCCUCUAUAAAUUCCAAUAACGAUAAAAGCAUUUUUAGCUGUUAGAAGACACUAGUGGAACUACAAUGUUCAGCAGGCAGUUGCAGGGGAAUUGUUACUAUUCCUUUUUCUGUCUCAGAGGUGAGAUGAGUGGACAACGAGUUACUAGUAAUUUAAGAACAGUCUCUUCUUUGUGAAAUAUCUCUCUCUCUCUCUAUAUAUAUAUAUUAUAUAUAUAUAUAUAUAUAUAUAUAUAUAUAUAAUGUAUAUAUAAUUUAAGAAUAACAAUUAUUCUGUUUUAUAGCUGACGUAUUUUCUUGUUUUUCCCACAGAAACAGACAUCAAAUUAGCUAAGUAAUUUGGAAUUUUAGAUAAAUGUUUGACAUGACACUAUAAUUGCAUCUAAUGUUUGAUAUGACAUCUUGGUAGAGUGUAUCCUCAGAACAAUAUCUCUGCAAAUAUUGAGAGCUGAAAACUUAUUUAAAUCUAUAGAGUAAUGGCAACACUCACAUGUAAUCACAGAACCAAAGAACAUUAUUUUAAUAGCAUAGUCUCUUCUGUUUAUUAAGAAUAAUGUAUCUUAUUCUGUUUUGUUGUUGACUUAUUUUUCUUUUUUUUGCACAGAAACUGACGAAGAAUUAUGUAAGUAACUGAACAUGUUUCAUUUUUUAACGACGACAUCAAAAUUCAUUAUGCGAUAUAGUGGUAUGGCUAUAUAAGGUUUACUUAUACACUUUCAUUUGUCAAAUAAAGUUAAUAAAUGUAAGCAUGCUUCGAGAUCGCCAUAAACUAUCCUAUAGUCAACUCAUACAUUGGCCAUUUAACUGAAAGGAACACUAUAGGGUCAGGAACACAAACAUGUAUGACCCUAUAGUGAAAACCCACCAUUUAGGUGGCUUGCCCCCAUCUUAGCCCCCUCAGAAUGGGUUAAAACUCCCCUUAUUUUCAGCUCUCCAUGGGUCCGCCGGCACUGGCCCUGCCCCCAUUGGUGACAUCAUCAGAAUCGCCGAUUUCUAGUCAAUCCAAUGCUUUCCCAAAGGGAAAGGGAAAGCACUGGAUUGGGUAAAAUCGGCAAGGGGGCUGGUCAAUCAGCACCUCCUCAUAGAGAUGCAUUUAAUCAAUAUGUCUAUAUGAGGGAAAUUCAGCGUCCCCAUGCAGAGCGUGGAGACGCUGAACGGCAGAGCUGCCUACUGUGCAGCACUGAGCCAGGAAACCCCUCUAGUGGCCAUCUGAGGAGUGUCCACUUGGAUGUGUCCCUAGGGGCAAUGUAAACACUGCCUUUUCUUUGAAAAGACAGUGUUUGAAUUAAUAUGCCAUAAGGCAAUGAUUGUACUCACCAGAACAACUACAUUAAGCUGUAGUUGUUCUGGUGACUAUAGUGUCCCUUGAAUCAAGAAGCCUGUGACUAUUUUUUAAAAUUCUAUUUGGGCAAUUCUUCAGCUGGAAAAGAAACAAAUAUGCAAACUGUUACUAUUUUUGUAUACACAGUACUAUUAUAAAAGUUAAACAAAUUGAGAUUCAGUACAUAUGGACAUUGGACAGGUAUUUUUGGGACAUUGGGUGUUUUGGAUGUUUUCAUUUUCAACGUCUUGAAAAGUUCAUCACCACCACACUAAAACCAAACAUGAUUUUCUACAAAAUAAUUCUAAAAUCAGUAUUGUGGAACUGUGAGAGGUAGUUGAUUGGUAUGGACUGUGUGUUUUAUAUUUAAUAGGGUGAGCAAACCCACUGAAAUAAGGAAUAUAUACAGGAUUAACUUUGACUGAGGAUUAUAGGGACUUGUGUACUAAACGUAUCCCUAUAGUUUUGAUCUUACACGUUAUUGCAAGUGUGAAUUUUUGUAGGUAAUUAUUUUAAUGAGUUGCAGUACAAAAUUUUACUAUUAGGUAGUUUGUUUGAUAUGUGAAUAUCAAUAUCUGCACUAAUGAUAUAGAAAUAUAAUUAUUUGAUAUAUUGACAAAAUGGCAAUAUAUAAAAUAAUGAUUAGGCAAGAAGGGCCCCCGUCCAGCCUCCUGUGACAGCGGAAACUCCAGGGCCUGGUCACAAUAGCAACCUUUGCAACCCUGUUAGAUCGGCCACUGAGUCUUGUGCUAGUUUUAGCUCACUUGUGCCAAUACAGAGUAAACCAUUCACUUAUCAGAUUCCAAAAGGGCAGCCUAAUCCAGCAACUUCAGUCAAUUGUGCCUUGGUGGGCAUGGUCAAUGAGGUCUCUCUGUUUUGAUUGCUUAUACCAUGAAUUGUUAAUCACACCUUCACAGGUUUUGGAAACAUACUAUGCAAACAAAUAUAUAAUAAAAGCAAUUAAGGACACAUGCAGUUUAUUUGAAAAGGGCAUAUUUUGUUUAUUAAUAUUGCCUGCUAAUGUUUGCCUUGUCUACCAAAAAAAACUAAGUCACUACAAUGUCAGGGUAUUUCAUUAAAACCAGGAAUUGCAAAAAAAUCAUUGCAGAUGAGUUGAAAGCACAUGCUAAUUUGCAGAUUCUAUUUGUUGAAUAACACUCUGUAUGCAGUAUUUUAUUUUUUUUAAUCUUUCUUACCCAAAGAGUAAAAUGCUAAGCACAAUUCUGUUUUAUUUAUCGAGAAAAGAACUAAAACGUUCUAAAAUACUUGGAAGCAUUAAGUACUAGGAUUUAAACAGCACAGUUUGUGAACUUGAUGUAGAAAACAAACUCCAUUGAAGUGAUAAAUUGUAUGAGCACACAGCUAUUUCAACAGGCAUGACAGACUUGUUUGCAUAAUACAGGGAGGAGUAUGCAGAUACAGUUAUUACUGUGGGGAAAUGGUCAGAACCAGUUAAAGGACCACUAUAGGCACCCAGACCACUUCAGCUCAAUGAAGUAGUCUGGGUGCCAGGUCCAUCUAGGCUUAACCCUGCAGCUGUAAACAUAGCAGUUUCAGACAAACUGCUAUGUUUACUUUAGGAUCAAUCCAGCCUCUAGUGGCUGUGUCAUUGACAGCCGUUAGAGGCGCUUCUGGGCUUCUCACUGUGAUUUUCACAGUGAGAAAAUCGCCAGCAUCCAUAGGAAAGCAUUGAGUAAUGCUUUCCUAUGGACUGACUGAAUGCACGCACGGCUCUUCCCGCGCAUGCGCAUUCAGCGGAUGACGUCGGAGGAGGGAGGAGAGUCCCCAGUACCGAGGAGCCCGGCGCUGGAGAAAGGUAAGAAUUUAUCCGUUCCUCCCCCUACAGGCUGGUGGGGGGGGACCUAAAAACCCUAUAGUGCCAGGAAAACGAGUUUGUUUUCCUGGCACUUUAGUGGUCAUUUAAGCUUACAAUAGGCAGGAUGUGACACUGUUUAUUUAGUCCCACCUUCCACUGUUCUGGCUAUACAUCUUACAAUGGCUUGCUAGGUACAUUCCUAAUCCCAUCAGACAGCUGAGACAAAGAGUAACCGAACACAUUACACUUGCACUAUUAUUAUUGGUGUUUAUAUAGUGCCAACUUAUUCCACAGCACUUUACAAUAACAAGCAUAGCUGUUUUUUUUUUAUUUCCCUCUUGUAAUCCUAAGAAUAUUACAAUAGGAUAGAACACAAAUCUACAAUAGAUCACUGUCCUGAGAUCAUCAUACAUCUCCCCUUCUUCUGUGAGCCAGGGUAGCGGCAUUAUGAACUACAUACACUCUAGUUCUUUACCUGCGUGCAUUACAUCACUAGUGAUGGUAGAAAUAUGGCGAUGCAAGUUCACUAAUGGAGAAAGGGAAAUAGUGCAAAUAGGCCGUUUGUCACAAUCAUCAUAUCAGCGACUUUGUUGAGGCAUCAUAAAGGAGACAGGCAUUUUCAUCCCAGUACUGGCAUAGCUACUGGUAAGGGAGGUGUACAGUGUACAUUUUAUACGCUAGUUUGUGUUUGUAUUGGCCAGUGUUCGUGUCACUAUGUUUGUAUGGGUCUCUGUGUGUUCAUGAGUGGGUUCGUUCGUGGUAAAUGGAACCACCUAAUUGGGCCUUUGUAUGGUUACUAUACCCUGCUGGCUUAUAUGUUUAUUUAUUGUCUUACACUGUGCAUGUUUAGUGCUUUAUUUUUGUUCAUCUCAUGAGUGCCUGUGGUAUGUCAACCCUAUGUUAUUUAGUAUGACAUAGAUAGAUAGAUGAUCAUGGGUUGUUUAAUAUCUUUGAUGUAUCCUAGCUAUUGUUUUUUGCAAAACUCUUUGUUAAUACCAUAGUCAAUACUUAAAAGAAAAACCCUUGUUCUGGCCUUUAAAAAUGCUGAAAUGCUAUUCAUGUUUUUUAUACUUUGAUUGAUUAUAACUGUCAUACAUAUGUCAUGAGGAUAUGCUUUGUUCCAGCACAAGUCCUAAAUGAAGAAUAAAAAUACAUUUAAAAAAAGGGUCCCUAGACACUAUUAUUAUUACUGUUAUUAUUAUAAUACAAAUUCCUAGUAAUGGGACUGGUAAUCUGCCAGUGGUAUCGAUGUAUGGUUUGGGGGAAGCGGUGUGAAUAUAGGGCUUGCCCCCCGGCACCCAACAUUUCUCCUCAGUGCUUUAUAAAUGUGUUGUUUUAUAUAGAAAAAAAGUGUGAAUUAAAUAAUAUUCACUAUUAUGCACAUCUAGACACAUCUAAAUUGGUCUAUUUUUUUUCAGAUUUAAUUAAAAAGAACCUAGCAGCUUCUAAAGGUAAAUGUAUGAUACAAAUAAUAUUUCCAAAACUAACAGUUACAAUAAAAUAUGACUGUAGUAUGCGCCUUGAACAUAUGCAAAAUGUACAUGAAAUAGGGGGGGGGGGUUUAAACCUCUUACCUCAAAAUGUCUACAUAUUAAAUUUUUUUGAAUGAGACUUGAAAUGGAAAAACUCAGAACCUUUAUUUUGCAUUGUCAUUUGCUUUGCACUGCACAGUCUGACCUUGGGGUGAAUUUGCCGAGACGUCCACUAGUGGGAAGAUUGGCAACUGUCUUGACUGUUUUCCAUUUUUGUAUAGUCUCUCACUGUAGAAUAAAGAGCUUUAAAUUGUUUGGAAAUAGCUUUAUAACCCUUCCCAGUUUGACAAGCUGCAACAAGUGCUUCUCUAAGAUCACUGCUGAUGUCUUUCCUCCUUGGCAUUGUGUUAACCUAUGUAAUGUAAGCCAGUGGUGCCCAAAAGGUAGAUCCCCAAAUGUUGUAGAACUGCAACUUCCAUGAUGCUUUGCAUGCCUUUAGAAUGACAAAGCAUCAUGGGAGUUGUAGUUUUAAAACAUACGUGGAUUUACCUUUUGGGCACCCCUGAUGUUAGCUAUUCCUACGCUUAUACAUACGGACACCUAGUCAUCCCCAUUUUGCAUUCUAUUAUUUAAUCCUUAUUGUUGAAAAUAAUCAACAUUGUGCUUUUUUAAAACUAAAUAUUAUAAAAAGUAAACCUAAUUUGCGGCAAAUAUCGUUUGCAAAAAUAUUGACAGUGUGCAAUUUUUUAUUUUAUUUUAUGUUUAACAGCAAAUAUACUUUUGGAUCCUGAAACCGCACAUCACAAAUUCUUAGUGUCUAAGGAGAACAAGCAUGCACAAUGUACUUACAGUCAAACAAUGACAAAAAAACCUGCAUCAACCAAGCGUUUUGAAAAAAAUUUGUUCAUACUGAGUAAUGAAACAUUCGGUAAAGGAAGUCUCUGCUAUUUGGACUUUAAAGUAAACAACCCUUUAUGUGGUAUUGGUAUAUGUCGAAAUUCCAUUCAGAGGAAUACAAGAAUCAAUAUACAAGAAAAUAAAUCCAUAUGCAUUGUGCACAUUUCCCAAGUUGAAAAUUUUGAUUUUUUAGUUUCUGAAAAAGAAUCUGGCCAGCUAAGAAUCUAUUUGAAUUAUGAUUCACAGACAAUAACUGUUGUACAUGUGUCCAAAAUGGAAUCUGUGUCAAAAUCAUUUGAACAUGGACAUGAAGAAGUAUUUUUUUUGUUUGAGAUUCAGGAGAAUGAAGUUACUUUGCUUUAGAUAUAGAGAACUGGAAGAAACGUGAAGUUAUUUAUAUUUUUUUCCCUGCAACAAAUAACCCUGCCAAUAUGAAACAAAGAAAAACAUGAUCAAUACGUUGCUACUUCUGGAAAGAAAUUACUGAAGAAAUAUCACUCCCUGAUAUUAAAUUAAAAUAUAAAGAGUUUUUAGAUGAAGGUCUAGAUAUAGGUAUUUUAACAAAAAAAAAUUAUGAAUUUUUAAACAUUAAAUAUCCAAGAAUUCCAGUAAUUUAUGUGCUACCCAAGGUGCACAAGGAUGAUACCAAUCCUCCAGGCAGACCUAUAGUAUCUGGGAUUGGAUCACUGUUGUCGCCCUUGUCUCAGUACACAGAUCAGUUUUUACAAAAAAAGGUUACUGAAUGUCCAGCAUACCUUAAAGAUACCAUGACUCUUUUACAGAUUCUAGAUAAUUUUGAGUGGCAUAAGGAUUAUAUCAUGGCCACUUGUGAUGUAAAGAGUUUGUAUACAAUUAUUAAGCAUGAGCAAGGCUGUGAAGCAGUGAAAUUUUAUUUGAAAAAAGCUGAAGAUAUGGAUGACCUUCAAAUUGAUUUUUUAGUGAGAGGAAUUGAUUUUAUUUUGAAGAAUAAUUUUUUCUGGUUCGAGAAUAUAUUUUAUCUUCAAAUACAAGGAACAGCGAUGGGGACCAGACAAUCUAUUCAUGUCCUUCUGGGAAGAAAAACUUGUUUUCUCCAGAUUGGACAUUGGGGCAAGUCUGGUCAUAUAUAAACGCUAUACAGACGACAUUUUUAUUAUAUGGAAAGGUAGCAAGGAAACUUUGGAAGAAUUUAUUGUCUCUCUGAAUUUUAAUUCUUUUAAUAUAAAUCUAUCCUAUGAUAUUAGUAAGGAGCAAAUUAAUUUUUUAGACCUUUUAAUAUACAUAGAUAAUGAUGUAUUGAAGAGUAAGACAUUUUUUAAGACGGUUCGAUGUUAACAGUUUCAUAAAUUUAGAAAGUUGUCAUUUUAAACCUUGGUUGAGUAAUAUACCCAAGGGCCAAUUUUUAAGAAUUAAAAGAAACUGUACAGAAGAAGCUGAAUAUUUUAAACAAGCGGAUAUUUUGAAACAAAAAUUCAUCGAAAAGGGAUAUGCCAAGGAACAAUUAGAAGAAAUAGAAAAAGAGAUUGGGAGAAAAGAAAGACAAUCACUUUUAAGGUAUAAGAAUAAGAAAGAAAAAGAGAAUGAAAUUAGAAGAAACCAAAUCCCUCUUAUAUUUAAUUAUAGUUCCAAUAAUUAUUUAUUACAGAUAGUAAUUAAAAAACACUGGCAUAUCCUUAAAGAAGAUUCAGAUAUCCUUCCCUUUUUAGACUCCAAACCAAAAUUUAUAUUUAGAGGAGCAAAUAAUUUUAAACAAAUUUUAACUAAAAGCUUUUUAGAUAAAGAAAGGACCGCUAUAGAAGGACAUUUUUUAAAGGGAAGUAAAGGUUUUCAUUACUGUGGUACAUGCAGAGGCUGUACAUUUAGACCCAACAAUAAUAGAAAAGUGGAAAAAUGUUUGGCAAUGGUUACUAAAAAAGAAUAUUUAAUACAAUCUUUUAUCACUUGCUCCAGUAAGGAUGUGAUUUAUUUGUUGAGUUGCCAAUGUGGCUAUCAAUAUAUAGGGAAGACAACACGGACCUUAAAGACAAGAAUAAGAGAACAUAUUUAUAAUAUUCAGAGAAAAUUUGUUCACCAUAGUGUAUCAAAACACUAUUUAGAAGUCCACAGUGGGGACCCAAAAGGAUUAGAAUUUAUGGGUAUAGAUAAAAUUAAUAUUCACUGGAGGGGAGGGGAUAAAGACCACAAGUUGGGUCUAGCAGAAAUGAAAUGGAUGUUUGAACUAGAUACCAUGAUACCACAAGGUUUGAACGUAGAUUUUGAGAUUAAUAAAUAUCUAGGAUGUUUAUGUGUUUUUUAUUUAUAUGUUUUUAAGAGGUUUGCUGCUUACUGAUCAAUUAAUAUAUUUUUUAGGUGGAAUAUAAUGUGCAAUGUUUAGGUUACAUAUAUGAAGUAUAUAUUUGGUAAAGGUUUUUAGGUUUCUAUAUAUUCCAGAAGGCAAAUUAUAUUAACUAACUAUGUCAUUCUUUUUCCAAUUUAGAUGACCCAUUUAAUAUAGCAUCUCCAUUCUUAAGGUUUUAUUUAUUUUAAAACUUUUUAAAUAUUGGUGUAUAUCUUUUAUAAGGUCUGUUGUUUUUAGAAUUGUAUAAGUUAAGAAAAGUAUAUAUUACUAUGGUAUCGUUUUAGAUGAUUGAAUUAAUCAACAAUAACAUUUGUUUUAUUUAAGUUUAUUUUAUUAUGUAAGUUUGUAAGUACAUUGCAUAUCUUAUUUUGCUCCAUUUCGCCAAGCAAGUAACUGUCCUGACAGAAGUGUUUCAGACCCGUCCGGACGUAUGAACCGGAAGUGACGUCAGAACGUAAGGACGCAGAUGAUGCUCUGACGCAGAACCCGGAACUGAAGUGCCAGGAUUACGGCGGAAAAGGGCGCCAAAAGGAGGAUUUAAAAGACUGCACGCCAAGAGUAUACACAAUACCUCUGAUGAAGGCUUAAUAGCCGAAACGCAUUAGGUGUUGUGGAUUCCUAUAUUUAUUGGACAUUCUUCUAAUAUUUUCGAAUUUUAAUUUGUUUCCUGUUGUUUUGGAAAAAUAAAUUGUUUUGUAACCCCCUGAAUCAGCGUCUUGGAGGUACUUCAUAUAGAAAUACGAAGAAGGGUCCAUUGGAAUUUCCAAUUGUUCAAGGCAUGCAGUCUGAGACAGCUUUUAAAGUGGC